GUUAAAGUCGUUCGUCAGCUGGUUCGGCACAUGGUCUUUGCAGAAAGUGGCUUUUAGCAAUACCAACUAGAUAUUUUAAAAAUCCAACAUGGCUAAAAGUCUGAGAAGUAAGAGGAAACGAAAGUUCCGGGCUAUGAAGCGCGAGAAGAUUGGCAAAAGGAACAUGGUUAAAAUGAAGAAAAUGCUUGGACUUAAUGAAGACGGAACAAGAGACGUGGAAAUGAAGGAUAUGUACACAGUAACAACUACCGCUGAAGUUCUAAGAAAAAAAGAUGAAGAAAUGGAGCAGAAACGGAAAGCAGAGGCCCCUGAGGUGAAAGUUGUAGCAGCUCCCGAUGGAGAGGCGAUGGAAGUGGACGCCAAAAAGUCAAAAACUUUAGUGAACUCUCAUGGAAAUUACCCCAUCUGGUUGAGCAGCCGAUCAGUUCGAAAAAUAAAAAAUAAAAGACAGAAGAAGAAGAAAUAUGCUUGGUAAAAAAAUGAACCCGAGAUUGGUCAAUGGACUUAGAGACUAUUUGUUUACUGUAAUUUAAAAGAUAAAAAUAAACCAAAAUAUGGCAGAUGGUCAUUUUGCAGUUUUAACUUAGCUGCCAAGUGCACCUCAUUAACGUGCAUGUAUAUUGUGUGCAUAUGCAUGCAUGAUUGUUUCCAUGUUGAAAACUACAAAACAGUUGCAAAAUAGAAGUAAAUUACUGUAAAAAGUUGUCAUUGAAUAAACCUUUUCCCUGUGGAUAAUAUUUGUAUAUAAUCCAACAAUAUUUUCUCUUGAAUUGAUGUGAGAAAGUGUCUGCCGAGAAAAAAAAAAAAUUAUGAAAUUGAAUAAUGAGAAAAAUAUAUAUAUAUAUCACACGCACAUUUCCACAGUCUGAAAAAUAAGAUGAUGAAGAAUUCAAAUUGGAGCUUUUGCUGACAGUGAAUAUCGCUCCUAGUAUGCUAUAGUGUUCUAUUUCUUGCACCUUGAAUAUACAUAUUACAUAUGUGAAGAUUCUGCUUUGGUUGGUGAUAUUUGAUUUGUUGAAGGAUUUGGUUUAAUUUUCAAAAGUUUUUUUUGAAACUACCAAAUAAUUAUUCUCACACAAGAUUGCCAAUAUUGUUACUGUAAUCUAUAGUUUCCACACCAUUAAAAUUAGAAGUUCUGGACAACCAUAAUUUGGCAGUACGUAACAUCAAGAUAUGUUAUUUGCAUUUUUGAUCUGUCCUGUAUUACAUCUAAUUAUGACGAUACACAUGUAAUGUUACGCAGGUGAUAAAUACCUGUAUCCCUGUAUUUCAUCUUGUACUCACAGACUUUGUGUUUAUUUCAUCUCCUACUGUAUCUGUUGAAUACCGGAUGUUCCAUAAUAUACAUUGUUACAUUCCAAUGACUACUCCUGGACCAGUAAUUUGUAAUAAAUUUAUUACAUUUCAAUAAA